AAGACCCUUAUGCACCUAUGCUACCUUCUCAUUAUGCGGACACUAACAUGUAAGAAAUCGUUUCCUCUUUGUCGCUAUGCCACAUUCGUGUCUGCACAUGCACCACACCAUGAUCGGCAUACUCUGGCAUAUUAUCGUAGUCUCCCCCAACAUUUGUGUCUGCCCAAAGUCCCAUACGAGCACUUUGUCGUCCAUUGUGCUACGCAACGCGUGUGGAGGAUAUCUCUCGUCGACAUGCAGUCGUGGUCAGAAAGGCAGCUUAUUUGCAUCUACAUAUGAUCUUCCCCGAUCCAAGUUCAAUUCCCGAUGUCCUUCGAUACCUUUUUUACCUGAAAAGCCUUCCACCUGCAGACACACUCUUCAAUUCACGCCAUCUGAACUCGAGGCUUUCCGAGGAACUAACAUCUACGGCGCUACCCAUGAUCGUCAGGAAAGCUGGAAUCCUGAGUGGAAUAUAUGCCGAACCUUUAUCCACGCUGUAUUGGGCUAAAAGAUACACUCGAUAUGCAUAUUCCAUGCUUGUUUUUUCCGUGCAUGCCUCUCAAACUAGAUCAGGGACAAAUACGACGCAUCUUUUGACCCGCGCAUUUCCAUCCACACUUCUAUCUCGAUCUCCUACGCUGCAGACCACCUCCUCGACCUAUCCGUUCAUGCUUCCAGGCGUAGAUGUCCUCAGCCAUUCUCGUGGACAGCCUGUUUCUUGUUGCACGUCCUAUCCGGAAGUACGGAAGAAAGGGAUGAGUCGGCUACUAUUUCUAUCAUCUCGCAUACCACGACGCCUCUUAGCGAAGAAGUGUUCAAUACCUACUCAAAGCGAAUGAUGAGCUGAUCCUCGCAUACGGUUCCUCGUUUCCACAAAAUCCGGAUGAUAAAAUUACGCUACAGCUAGGUAGGUCCUCUGACAGUCGAGCAAUGAUAUGUAAGAGCCAGGUCUAGAAGAGAUAGUCCAGUGCUGUGAACAUUCAAACCUCGGAUGUGAAAGAUUUCUCGUCUAGUUGCGAGUCUGAAAGAUGCAACAAAUCAGGAUCAUCUUCAGG